AUGGAUGGAAGAACGGAUGGGGGCGACGAUGGAAUCGUGAUGAUUCUUCCUGAUUUCUCCGAUGAUGUCCCCUCCGAUGGGUUUGAUGUUCAUGGCGGCGGCGCUGAUUAUAUUGUUCAACCCACUGCGCCUAAUCAACCAUCAAAGGACAACCCUUCCUUUGUCUCGCCGGAUGUAAACCCGGUCGGCGUUCCCCAUUCCUCCGGCGAUGUCGAUGGACGAGUCACAAUCUUGCCUGUAAUCGAUGAUCGGACUGGAAGAAAGACUUCUUUGAAGGCUAAAUCUUCCAAGAAGAAGAAUGGUUAUUAUCAUCGUCGGAAUGGAGAGAAGAAGGAACGUCUCAUAUGGACGCCAGAGCUUCAUCAAUGUUUUCUUGAAUAUUAUAACAAAUUUCCAAACGAGAAGCGAGUUCCGAAGAAGAUUUUGGAGGAGAUGAGACGGAAAUUUCCAUACGUUACGCGAGAAAACGUUGCAAGCCAUCUUCAAAAACAUCGAUUAUAUCUUAAACACUCGAAGAACAAAGAACAGGGAAAGUUAUCAAAACCCUCCACCAAAUCAGUACCUCGCAAACAGAUCAAUGAAGAAUUCAAUAUCCAUCAAAUUCUCAAUAACACAGUCAUUUCCACUUGCCCUAAUGCUGUUCUUCCUCACCAAAGCCAUUCAAUUUCCAUAAACCCUAAUACACAGCCACCUCUCCAAACCCAUACUCUCCAAGAACCAAUGCAAAAUCAAGUCUUUUCUCAAUUUGAUGAUACCCAUCUUAUAGAACAAGACAUAGUGUUGAUCCCAUCUUCGUUCGACCCGUGGAACGAUCUUCCCUAUUCGAAUACGAUGAAUGUCUUUGACCCUUUUGGAGGGCAAUCAUCAAAUGCAGCUUCAUGUUUCCCUGUUAUGGUUGACAAUUUUGCUCCUCCAAUGCUAUCUAAUCAUCAAUUAGUGAUAUCUAACAUUGAUUGCAAUGGUUAUGGUAAUGACAAUGGUAAUAGCUUUCAUCCUAUGAUGGGUAACACUUUUGGAGGUUUGAGUAUCAAUAAUUACUCCAAUGGUGCCCUCCAAACAUUUUUGAUUAUAACAUGA